AUAAGAGACAAGGACGAUGGUUCAACAGCUAGUCUGGUAUUUGAUUCCAGUUUACAAUCCGUGAGCCUAUUUGUUGUCGUGGCUAUGCUUCUCAAAGAGCUCAAAAUCCUCAAUUCAGAGCUCGGUCGGUUAGCACUAGCUUCAUCUCUCUCCAGUGAAAUACUAGACAUAACUCUCGCAUUCAUAAUGAAUACGCUUAGGUCUUUCAUGGAAGACCAUUCGUUAUCAAGCACACUUCAGCUCAUCGGAUUGAUUAUUUGUUUCAUUCUUGUUGUCAUUAUCAUCAUUCGGCCUGCAAUGCUAUGGAUCGUCAAACAGACACCAGAAGGAAGGCCUGUCAAGGACUCAUACAUUUGCUCUGUCAUUCUGCUUAUUUUACUCGCUGGUGCAUUUACUCACUGGAUUGGAGAAUUUCCUAUAUUGGGUCCUUUUAUCAUCGGAUUUGCUGCACCAGAUGGACCGCCACUGGGGUCCGCAUUGGCUGAUAAGCUCGAUUCCUUUGUUUCCGGUCUGUUUAUACCACUUUUCAUGACCUUGAUCUCAUUGAGGGUGAAUCUGCAAGCCAUAAAUCUGUCUAACCCGUAUGCGAUUUCUAUUGUCGUCCUCAUCAUUGUGGUUUUCUUGGCGAAGGUUGUUGCGUGUAUCAUACCUGCAUGUAUUUGCCGAGUGCCCUUCAAGGAUGCUCUAGCCUUGGGCCUCAUCAUGAGCUCUAAAGGCAUCGUUCAAAUGUCCUUCUACAGCUUCUUCAGAGAUGAUCAGGCAUUCAAUGAGGAGACAUUUGCAUUGCUUGUGACUAGCACAGCAGUGGCAUCAGUGGUCCUUCCACUCUUGGUAAAACAACUCUACGAUCCAUCACAGAAAUAUGCAGGCUACCAAAAAAGAAGCAUCAUGCAUUCCAAACAAGGUGGUGAGAUACGUAUAGUCAUGUGUAUCCACAGGCCAGACAACAUCUUGGCAUUCCUCAACCUCAUCGACAUCUCCUGUCCGACCAGAGAAAGCCCUAUGAUGGUUUAUGCCCUUCACCUAAUCGAGCUCCACGGUCGAGCUCUUCCCCUCUUCAUCUCUCACGAAAAUCAUCAAAAUCCCGAAGAAAGCCCCUACUGCGGCGAUGUGGUCUACGCUUUCGGUCACCAUGAGAGAAGGCACAAAGGGAGCAUUUGCGCACUGGCCUUCACGGCAAUUUCUCCGCGAAAACUAAUGCAUGAAGAUAUAUGUACUCUUGCUCUGAACAAAACUGCUUCCCUAACAGUAAUCCCAUUUCACCGAAAAUGGGCGGUUGAUGGGACGGUUGAGUCGGAAGAUUUUGAGCUGAGGUCAGUUAAUUGUAAAAUCCUUGACAUGACUCCUUGUUCUGUUGGGAUCCUAGUUGAUCGUGGUCGCCAUCAGGGGGGCCUCUCGUAG